AUGAGGUCACCCUUCUAGUGCUUCCUAAAUCACUAAACUGUCUGAAAGGCAACUUCGCGGCCCAGCGCUUGAUAAUCGUUGUGUUUUACAAUGUGGGCACCAAGCUGACAAGUACUUUCAAUAAUACAAAAUGAGCUGGCUGGCUAGGCUGUGCGCGUCAGGGGCGAGAGACACAGCCAGCCCGAGCGCUCUGGCCCGUCCUCCCAAAGUGUUGACGGCAGAUGCCUGCCUUCAAACAAGCACAUCUGAGUCACAGAAGCAGCUGCUCAAGAAUUCAUCGUCAACGGAGUUGGUCACCGGCAAGCCGCUCAGCCCGCAGGAGCCCGCUUUGUCGUUUAUUGAACAGACCGUGGCGAAAGCUUUUUGGGCGCUGACAACGAUUCCAAGUGGACACCCGCUUUAUCGUCGCAUUAACAUUCUUUUAGAGGCUUGCCGGGCCGCACUGGGCGCGUGUGACGCCAGGCUUGCAUGCUUCUCUGGGGACGGCAACACUUUUGUGUUUUUGCCAUGCGCCGGGGAUGUCGAGGCCGCUCCGCGCGCAGCAGGAUGGGGCCGCACUGCGCUCUGGAGCUUUCUAUCAGACCAGCCGGACGCCAUUGUCGUCAUCCGUGGCUACCACUCAUCAGUAACUCAGCCGGGGGCUGCUGCACCCAACAUGACUGGUGGCGAUGGCGGCGGCGGGGCCACCCUGGGCCGCCAGGGCUCCUCUGCGACGCGGGCGGGAAACACGAGCGGUUCCACCGCAGCUGUGCUCUGUGCCUCGCCCGCAUCCGCUGCGCGGCCCGAUGGAAUGGCGGCGGCGGUGCAGCCGCAAGACAAGCACCCGGAAGCAGUGCCGGUAAGCACGCAGUCGCCACGCUCCCAUAACGGGCUUGCAUCGCCGUACGGGGCGCCCUCGGGCGCGACCUCAGCGACGGCGCCCGCAGCCAUGCGUACCGCGCCGCCCGACCCAUUUUCGCUGGUGUGCCGCAACGCGACCACGGCCGCCAACCUUCAAGCUGGGGACCUGCUGGCGCUGCCGGUCCGUCACGGCGGGCGGCUGGUGGCAGCGCUGCUUCUGGGCUGGGGCGCGCACAUGGGCUCACUGGGCAGCACAGCCACUCCACAGAUGGCACCGGCUCCUGCAGCUGCUGCGGGUGCCGCUGCGGAAGCAUCGGGGCUGGGCGGUGGCUCGCACAAGCAGCCUGCAAACGGCGUGGCGACAGUAGCAGGCCUUAUGUCCGCCACGCGAGGCAAUGGCGGCGCGCCUGCGAGUGCGUCGGCCCCCAGCUACUUGUCACCGCUCUCGCGUCCGGAAGGCACUGCGCCGUCGGCACAGCCACAGGGCGUAGGCAUCACGGCGGCAGCCAAUGGCGAGGCGCCGGCACAGACGGCGGGGGUCGAGGUCCUGGCCUCCAGCAACGGCAUGACUUUGUCACCAAAGGAGCUAGGUCAGCUGCAGCGCCUGGCGCAGUUCCUUGUGUUUGGCAUCUACGCGGACCCGCAGCACGCGCGCACACUCGAGGCGGUGGCAGCCUCGCUGUCGGGUUUGCCGUACUCUGCUGGCCUCCACGAUUUCGUGGCGGGGCUGCUUGAGGCGGUGCCGGAGCUACUGCAGAUCAGGUAUGCUCUCCGCUUCGCGCCCAUCAUGCUCCUAACGCACGGGCUAGGCGCCAGCGGCCCCGCCGUGCUCUUCGCCAGCCGCGCCGGCGGAGAGCAGCAACCGCAGCAGCCGCAGCAACAGGGGGCGGCCGCUGCAGCUGCGGCGGCGGUCAUGGCUGGCGACGGUGCUCUGGGCACAAUGGAGCUUUUCCCACAUACGCUGGGCAACGGGGCAGGCGGCAGCACGCGGCCGGCCGAUGGCGGCGACGCGGCCGCCGCUGUGUCACGCAUCCGCGCCGUGCGCAUGUCGCUCCACCAUACGCUGCUAGCAGAGGCGCUCAAGCCGGCCGCCAAUCUCAGGCGCAGCGUGGAGGCUGCCCCCACGAGCACGGUCGCUGCAAGCGGUGGCGGAGGUGGUGGCGGCGACGGUGGCGGGCAGGCGGCGGGGCACCCGCAGUUCAUGCCCUUCAGCGCUGUGUCCAGCCACUACGCCGUCACUGGGUCCCAGCUCCCCUCCACCGCAAUCAACGAAGGCGUAAACGAGAACCUACUGAACGGCGGGCCGGGUGGAGGCGGAGGCGGCCCAAGGAGUGCGCCGCCGCCGCCGCUGCCGCCACUGGCCCUCCCACCGUGCAGCUCACAACCCAUAUACUUCACAGUUGUGCCCAACAUCAGCUCCCACAUGCUGGAGGAGGGCGCCCCCUGCCGCGACCUGCUGCUGUGCGCCAACCUGGCCGGCUGCGCGAUGGGCAGCCUGGUGUUGGCGGUGGAGGCGCCGGCAGGAGGUGCCGCAACAACGGGCACAACAAUGACGGCAACAGGCGGCGGCGCGCUUGCAUUAGCGCCGGGCGGGAUGGCAACCGGCCCGGGCGGCAACACGGGUGCCGGCGGCCUGCCGGCUAGCUUGCUGGCCGCGGGCGCUUCUACAGCUGCGACGGUGGGCGGUGGCGGCGGUGCAGCUGCCGGCAACAGCACGAGCGGCCUGGUGGGGCUGGGGCUGGCGAACGCGUCCACGCACCGUGGCUCCUUCACUAACCUGCUGAGCACCGCCGGGUCCAUCCCAGCGCCCGUGCUGCUAACCGCACCGCUGAGCGUGCUGCACAGCUCGCGCCAGUUCGGUAUGUACCUGGUGUGCAGCGAGCCGCUACCGGCGGCGCUGCUGCAGCUGGUGGCGGCGGACCUGCAGCAGCUGCUGGAGAUGGUGCUGGGCGCCUGCCGCGAGGGUGUGCUGUCCAUGCUGGGCGGCGGCCGCUGCGCCGUGGAGCUGUACUCGCUGCAGGAGCAGCUGCUGGGCAACAACCCGGCGGCUGCGGGAGGCAGUGCAGCCAUCGCGGGUCACAUUGCUGGAGCCAUGGCGGCGGCACUGUCGGCACCGUCGCCGCUGGCGAUAGGGCCGUUGGGAGCAGCGGCGCCACAGGCUGGCAGCAUCGCCAUUGGUGGCGGCGGCGGCGGCGCGCUCGUUGCCAGUCGCAGCGGCCUAGCACCUGGGUCCUCGGUGCGCCAGGCGCUGGGGCGAUCCUUUGCAGGCCCGCACGGCCGUGCCAUACCACGCUCGCUCUUCCACCUGGUCGCCGGCGCACUGCCGGUGGGCUCCGUGGGCGGAGCCGGCGGCGGCGGCGGCGGCGGGCUCAGCACCAGCGACGCUGACCAGUUGAGCGGCGCGGUGCGGUCUGCGGGCUCGCCGCGGCUGCAGCUGUCGCAGAUGGGGCACAGCGCGCUGCUGGCCACGCAGCGGCACAUCAGCACGCGCGGCGGCGGCGGCGGCGUGCCGGGUGCGGUGGCGGCGGCGGGUGCGCUGCUCAUGUCGCACCAGGGUCAUAUGCACGGCCACACGCCCGGGCAAGAGGCCUUGGACGCAUCGGUGGAGUCCCUGGCACAAGGCGUGUCGGGCAUUGACGUGGACGGUGGGCUGUGCUGGAUGCUGGCCAGCUCGCCCGAGGUCAUGUUGGAGCCGCUGGAGGUGAUGGUGUCGUCCAUGCGCUCGGGGCUCACCGCGGCGCUCACCAACGCCAUGGUCCUGGACAGCGGCGAUGAGGCCAAGGCUGCCAUGAACCAGGAGCUUGCGGCCAUCCGUCUGUAUGACGUGAUCGGGCGGGGCGGCCAGGGUGUGGUGUUCCACGGCACCCUGCACGGCCUGGAAACGGCAGUCAAGGUCAUCGUUCACCGCGGCAAGGGCGAACCGCUCGCGCACGAUGGUGGGGACCCGGCGGCCGGCGGCGCAGAAGGCAGCGGUGCGGACGGCGCCGCAGGUACGGCUGCGGCAGGCGAAGCGGAUGCUGCCGCCGGCGGUGACGGCGCAGACGGCCGCAACUCGGCGGGUGACCUUUCCCGCAUCCGCAAGGCGAAGCGUGGCGCGCUGGAGCUUGUAGUCACCGGUACUCUGUCGAAUCCGCACAUCGUGCAGGUGCUGGCCUCCUUCUCAGACGUGAUCAUGGUGCGCUGCACCUAUCGCAACGAGCCCACGCCGCGUCUGAGGCUGGUCGCCAAGGACGACCCCAUACUGGCCGGCUGGGCCUCGCCAGGCCCCCUCAACACGGUGGCGUGUCUGGAGUACUGUGACGCGGGCACACUGCUGGAGGCGGCGCAUGGGGGCGCGUUCCGCCCUCCCGGCAGCAGCGUGUUGAGCGGCGCGGUGCGGCCGGCGCUGGUACCCUUGUACAUGAGCCUGCUGGAGGUGGCUUUGGCGUUGAGGUACCUGCACAGCCGGCGCCUCGUGCACUGUGACCUGAAGCCGGCAAACGUGCUGCUCAAGAGCUCUAGCCGGGACCCACGUGGCUGGACCUGCAAGCUGAGCGACUUUGGCUGUGUGCGCCUCAUGACCGAGCUGCCCGCCACGCCCGAGGACCUUGCGGCCAUGCAGCAGCAACAGCAGCAGCAGGCAGCCGCGGCAGGGCGCGCCGGCGGCGCGGCAGCCGCCCUUGGGGGCCGCGGCGGCUCCAGGGCGGCCGCCAGCGGCGUUGGCGGCUCCGGAGGCACCCCCAAUGCCAGCACGAAGAAAACGGUGCUGGGGUUCCGAGUGGCGCAGCCGCUCGGGACCAUUGCCUACAUGAGCCCUGAGAGCUUUGUCCGCGGCCACACGUUGGGCCCUGGCGUGGACAUCUACGCGUUCGGCAUCCUCAUGUACGAGCUGCUCAUGUGCCGCGCCCCGUACCAGGGCCUUGACGCACAGGCGCUGCCGCGUAUGGUGCUGAGACAGGGCCUAAGGCCUGAGUUCCAUCCCCUGGCCCCACCCGAAUACUGCCACCUGGCCGCCCGCUGCUGGUCCAGCAGUGUGUCUCGGCGGCCCAACACCGCGCAGCUGGUGGCGGAGGUGGAGGCGCUGCUGGCGGAGGCGCAGCUCAAGGAGAGCCGCAAGGCCGCCGCCAUGCAGGUGCGUCCAGGAGCGCCCGUGGGACCCCAGGCCCCAGGCGGCGCGCCCGCGGCGGUGCGCGCGCCGCAAGCUGGCUCCGUGGCGGUUCCGGCGCCGCUUGCGUCCAUGAUGCCCGCAGCCAAGCCGGCGCCGCCGAACCCACCAGCGCAUGCGCUAGCUCCCCCUCCCGCGCUCGCAGCCGGUGCUGUGCCAGGAGUGGGGACAGCCGGUGGGGCGGCGCACAGGUUUCCCGCGCGCGCUGGGCAGGCUGGCGGUCAGCCUGCACCGGGCGCGCCGCUUCCCGCGGCUCCAACUGCUGCACCCGAGCCGGGCCCGGCAGCAGCCGCUGGCCCAGUUCCGCUCUAUGAGCCGCGUGGUUCGAAUGUGGAGGCGCCGGGCAAUGCGGCUCCAUCUGGGGCGCUGGCGUCAAUCGAGCCCGCCGCGCCCGAGAUUAACGAGCUCGUGACUGCCUCCGCGGCAGCUGCCGGCUUGGAUGCAACCGUGGAGGUGCUUCAGGUCAAGGUGCCGCCUGGGACAGAUGUGCCUGCGGAUGGCGGCUCCCCGGGCCCGUAGGCACAGAAUAUAAGCAAUCUCGAGGAUCGCCAAGUGGUGCGAUGCCUUUCGAAGACGUGUUGACUUUGAUGACGUCCUUGGAUCCACCCAAGUGAUCAUUCGCCUGCCGACUGAGCGGACGGGCCGUUCAGUCAACUUGACACUUGAGCACUUCCUAUUCUUCUUUCCAAUAAAGUUUUCUUGGUAGCCCGCAACGCUGACUAUGCCGGAUGCAGCGUGCAUGCCACUUUCGGGCGCUGCACCGCUGGACGUCCAAUGGAAGUUGAAGUCGGGUACCGGACGAGCAUGCUGGGACACGAUGGUCUCGCAUGAGUUGGGAGUAAUAGUCUGUAUUCUCAUUGGACAUUUUAUCACAAAGGAGCAGGCAUUGCAUGGCGAGGGGAGGGGAGGGGCGCCUGUGCGUGGUGUUAUGUACGUGGCAUGACGCGGCAUAUGCAGCAGCGCGUACUGCCAUGCAGGAGUCACCUCUGCGGCGGCCUGCACGCAUCUGCUGCUCCCGAAUGUCAUGCACAAUAAGUUACGACUGUUUUACGCUGCCUUACCUGGCUUGCGCGCGGCGCAUGCAAACUGCUGGCCUCCUUUCUCUCUCGUGCAGUGUUCCCGGCCGUUUCAUGUGCUUAGUGACAAGUGUUCCCCGGUCACGGGAAAAGGGGCUGAGCAAAAACAAUUCGCAUCAUGUGCUUAUUGAUAAUCACGGAUCAGAACGCAUGCUUUUGCUUUAAGCUGCAUGUGCUUCAACGUGGAUCCUCUGAGGUCUAAAUUUGACAAGCGCUGAGGCCGCAAGCGUCUACCUCAUCUUCCGGACAUAGCCAUAUGACCGGGAGAGCCUGUGGACCGGCUGCAGCAAUUGCCUAGACACGGUUGGCCGCCUUCGGCAAACCGACACACGAAUGGUGCAAUGUCAAUGGAGAGCGAAUGAGGCCACAUCACGUAUGUACUAGCCAUGCGCACCGUGUGCCCACUACACCCUCAUGAUACCGGCUAUGUUCGCAUUGCUGUCCACUCAGUUACGGUAUGCAGGAGAAAUUGAGGGCAUCCAUGUUGGCACAAGUCUAAAGAAAUUGCUGUGCUUAUUUAUUAUGACGUUUCAGGCAGGCCUACCUUGCCGGUGAGUAAGACGAUGGCUGCAGUGCACGUGGAUGGGGGCACCCAAAACGGGCAGGGUGUUGUGAGGGGCUUGAGCGUGCGAUGGGCCAUGCCUGCAUGCAAGUGCGUUGCCAUUCAGUGUGGCUGUGCAGGGUACCAAAGGUGUGAGUCAAGAUAUGCCGCUUAGGCUGUCGCACAGCAGGUGGCAGCGCCAAUCAAAGUUUCUAUUUGUGUCAGCUGUGGUGUACGCAGCUGCGCGACGUUGAUGGACACUAAAGACUUCAGAAUAAUGGAAGUAGUUAUGUGCGGAGGCCUCAGAGUGAAGUUUGGAGGCUCGUAGGCCCGAGCAGAAGGACGGCUAGUAGUACUGGAGGCAUUUCCUCUUGCUGGUGGCGACGUGUUCACGCUGCAUGGUGCUGUGGUAUAACAGUCACUCUCCGGUAGAUUGCCAAGUGCGUCCAACUCGGUGUUAUCGGGGUUGGAAGGAACUGCUAGCGCGGCUCGCUGGGGACUCGUUAUCCAGGGAGCUUGCAAAUGGGCGCAGCUGGGCGUCAUUGUCAAGGACUUUGAGCGCAACCACGUGCACUUUGGGUGACGGCUGAGCUGAGGAGGGGUCGGGGCGGGCAUGGUGGUUGGAGUGGGUUCAGCAAGGGCAUCAUAAAGAGCGCGUAUUCAGCCCCCACGGGGACUGGUGGGUAGUCAUACGUUGUGUUUAGGUACAGAGCCACUCCAGCCGCCAGCACAGGCCUAUGGCAGAGGUGGUGUGACGGGCAACGGGGACGUAUGCAAAGGAGAGCGGGGCCUUGAUGGUCAGUGAAGCUCAGGCAAACAAAGCCACUCCGCGAAAGGCCCCCCUGGAUCGUGUGGGGCGGCGUGUGGCAUGCGUCGCGGGCAAGCGCAUGCAGUAGCGGGGCGGUGAACGCGGCUAACCAGAGCGGAGGGGACGAUGGUGCUUUGCUGACAGGUAGGUCGCUUGCAGACACGCACCAGCUACACGGUGGCGGGACGACUUGCUAUGUCCGCCUGAUGGCAAGACGUGCACACACGACACAGCGCGGCCGGUCGAGGUACCUAGUAAGGCCUGCUGAUUGCAAAGAGGACUACGGCGAUUAACGUGACCAUCGUUUUGGGAGACGUGAUCUUGGGCGUGGGGCGAAUGAAUGGUGUCUGGGAGCGUGUCAGUUGGCCUGUUACUCUGUAGUAAGCGAACCGGCCUGUGACUCUGACCCUGACUCUGAACCUGAUUCUGAACCUGCAGCCUGACCCUGUACCCUGUACCCAGACCCUGACUCUUAGCCUUC